AGAAAGCGAAAAGCGAUGGGGGCAAUGAGAUCCGGUCAGAGCCUGGCGGUGCUAACUCGAGCGUUGAUCACUCGCUCCAUGGAGUCGUCUCGGGGAGCCACUCGCUACUUGAGCUCAGGCAAAGGCAAAAUCCUCAGCGAGGAGGAGCGCGCCGCUGAGAAUGUCUACAUCCAAAGAAAGGAGAGGGAGAGAUUGGAGAAGCAGAAGGCUGAGAAGGAAAAGGCCGAGAAAGCGAAAGAAAAUGCUGAUAAGAAGGCUGAUGGGACACAUUAAAAGCUGAAAUGGUGAUGGGCACUUUGGCAGUACUUGAAAAGCUUUUCCUUUGGAAGUAAACAUGAAUAAUAACAGUGUAUAUAACUUCUGUGAGAAUCGCUCUGCGUUGAGUAUCGGUGUUCUUUGUGGCAUCUUUUCUUAAACAUUAAUGGGAUGACUUGGAUUUUCAAUGA